AUGGCUUCCCAGGACUUCAGGUUGUGCAUAUUUUGCCGAGAGCUCGAGCCGGCCUCAACGGCCUGUCCCCUCGUCAAGAAGUCCCAAGCUGAAACCAACCAAGCGGACUUCUUGGGAUCAGAAGACCAGUUCAACGAGCUUUCCCCUCUAUCCCCCUCAGAUGAGAGACUGUUGAAGCAGCUUCAAGACAAGCCCAGCUCGCUCUGCAAACGAUGCACCGACUACAACCCUCUCAGAGCGUUCGAGCUUGCAGAGCCUCUCCCGUCUGGCCUCCUUCCCGAAGACGACGAUGGAUUCCGGGACUACUUCCUCCGUCUGAAGGCCUCCGAACUCGACUUAGGUGAACUCGGAUCGCUCACCUUAUCCGCCUCCUGUCCCUUCUGCCGUCUCAUUUACCGCAUUAUGCCCACCAAAGGAAUACGUCCCGACACCAAAGGCAUGAGACUCACCCCCUACCGUGCCUAUGUCCGACAUACCGGCUGGGAGUACCUCCCCGAGAAGACCAGGGCCCAAAGCGCUAUCUUCCUGGGCUUGCGCCAUCUCAGCCAUAUUGUCCACGGCAUUCAGGUGCCCUUGCUCUUUUCGGAUGGCGAACCGGGGGUUCGUAGCCCAGAGAUGACAGGUCCGGCCAUCUGUCUGGCUACUGAAGACACGUUUCCUGGCCGGCAAGAGUACAAUGGGCGGUUGGUUGAGCCCUUCGUCGAUUUCGAGUUUGCAAAGAGUGGGCUUGAUGUGUGUUGGAAGAACCACAAGGAGUAUUGCAUUUCCACUAAGCCCGAAGAGCUCUUCACAACCAAGAUGAUCGAUGUUUUUGAGCGCAAGGUGGUUCCUUACCCGGAAGGAUGCGAGUAUGUGGCUCUUAGCUAUAUAUGGGGCCGCGUCAUGCCGGAGGAAGGGGCUCUUGAGAAGAGAACUCUGCCGCAGACUAUUGAGGACUCCAUCACUGUCACCAGGAAGCUUGGUAAACAGUAUCUUUGGGUCGACGCCCUUUGCAUCAACCAAAAACCCUGGAAAACACUUUCUGUCCAAGAGCAAGCCGAAAAGACCCAACAACUCGCCAUGAUGGACCUCAUCUACCAAUGCGCCGCCGUAACUCUCAUAGCUCUCUCCGGCCAGGACUCCAACGCUGGCCUUUGCGGAGUCACCCGCCCCCGGGAGAUGCAGCUUCAAGAGACCAUUAACGGCCGCAAGCUGUUCACCAUCCCCGCUGUAGUCGAAGACGAAAUGGCUGCUUCCACAUGGGACACCCGCGCCUGGACCUUCCAGGAAGGCAUGCUCUCCAAGCGAUCCCUAUUUUUCUCGGACAAACAGCUUGGCAUCUCGUGCCAGCGCUCCGGAGCCCCAGACGCCUAUGAUCCGAGCUGCUAUAGCCACUUGUCGAACAGACCUAUGGAUUCCUUCAGGCAGUUGAUGAAUGGGUUUAACCUCACUGACACCAACAUCUCCGUGACAAACCCACAACGCAUCCUCCUCUACACCGGCCUCAUAAUGGACUACACCCGCCGUCAAAUGUCCCGGUCUUCAGACUCCCUCAAUGCCUGUCUAGGUUUGCUCUCCGCCCUCCAGCGCCGGCUCUUCCCCUCCGGAUUCGAAUGGGGUCUUCCCCUGCGCGAACUGCCUCUUACACUAGGCUGGUCCCACGAUUGGGCGUUUCCUGAACCCAAGAGGCUUCAGAAGGACUCCCCGCCGUGGGAUAUCGCCCGCCCGCAAAGGCGAGAGGGGUUUCCGUCGUGGAGUUGGUGCGGUUGGGAGGGCCAUGUGACCUUCGGCCAGACCUCUUUGCAAGAUGGCUCGCUUGUGACUGUUGGAAGAGGGCGGGGAGGGCGGGAGGUGACGAGUGAUAUGGUUCCUGAGUUUGUCGGCUGCGAGGGGAAACGACUAACCGUCAACGGCUACGUUUGCAAGUUCUACAUUCGUACGGAACCAUUCAGCGAAGCGUUCCUUACGAAGCCGGGGAAUGAGGGGGAGAAACCGUUUGGUAUCGUCUCGGAGAGGAACUUUCCUCAUCCAUAUACGUUGAAGACGGGGGAGUAUGAGGGUUUGGUUGUGGAGAGAUUGAGGCACACACAGGACGGCAAGUUUGUGAAGGAUACAGUGUACAUGAUUGUGCUGGAUUGGGUCCAAAGCCAGGAUGGAAGGGGAGAGGUGGCAGAGAGGAGAACGUUUGUUAGGGUGCAGAGUGAUGUUGAGUUUGAGAAGGUGAAGCCGGUAAAGAGGGUGGUGCAUUUGGAGUAA